AUGGCUAAUACUAUUAAGGUUAUUAGAAAGAGAACUGCAAAAUCCAAAAUAGAUCCUUUAAGCAAACAAAGACUCAUCUGGUUGGCAGGUCAUGCAGUUACUCUAAUCUUUGGGACUAUAUUUAGUAUAAUGUAUUUUCAUAAAAUUUUAUUCUUUUUCAGAUACUAUAAUUGGAGGUAUUUAUUUUUAAUAAGAUACUCAAAGAAAAGAAAUUUGGAGAGAAAUAUACUUAAAAAAUUUAUUGAACGAUUCUUAACUACAAUAAUUUAUAAACUAGCGUUAAUAGGGUUUUUUACAAGUGGGGUUAUCACAUUGAAACAAGAUUGGGAUGGGUUAAACCCAACAUGGUAUGAUUUACUGAGCUCAGAAAAUUUCCAAUAUUUAAUGAUUACUACCUUAUGGAUUUUAACACCAAACAAUUCCUUUUACAGAAUCUUACCCUUUUUACUUUUAAGUUUUAUGCAUCUUAGAUAUCAUGACUUUGAAUUUACGAUUCCUUUACGACCUAAAUCUACUAAUCCAACUACUAAGAUUCCCACCGUUAAAAAGGACUCGAACUCAGAACAAAGUAAGAACACCCCCAAAGAGACUCCACAAUCCAUACCCAAAACAGGAUCACAAGAAGAUACUAAAGAAAAAUUGAAUAUAGCUGCAACUGAGGAGGAACAAAUUAGUUUAGAUAAUUAUCAUCUCUUAGAUUUCAUUUCGUACUGUGAGAUUGCAGUCGUCAUAUCAUUACUACUAGAUUCAUUCUUAAUGCAAGAUGGUACUUCUGGUUUUUGCCUAAUUAUAUAUUUGGGGAUAUACUGGUUAAGGCUACAAUUUUCGCAAUAUGCCCAAACUGCUAUAUUAAGGGUAUUGACGAAGUUUGAUAGAUUUAUUCCAGCACAUUAUGUUAAAUAUUGGGAGGAGACGAAGAGGUUUGUCUAUCAUAAAUUAAAGGAGAAUGAAAAACGUAAAGAGAUGUUAACCAAACGUUCUUAG